AUGUGGAUUCUGCCCCUCCUCGGCUACGCUGGCCUCGUGUUAGGCUUCGCAUUCCUGACCCUCUCAAUCGCGUCGGGCCUUUACUACCUCUCCGAACUCGUCGAAGAACACUCCGUCUUCAGCGCGAAAUUGCUGAAGCGACUCAUCUACGCCGUCGUCACCACGCAGUUACUCCUCUGGCUGGUCGAUGGCUUCCCCUGGCAUCUGAUCUUGCUGGGAGUAGGGAGUCACGCCGUCUACGCGACGAAUCUCCGACACUUCCCGAUCGUCAAGCUCUCGGAUCCUUUCUUCCUCUCCAGUUGCGCACUGGUCAUUCUCAACCACUGGCUAUGGUUCAGACACUUCAGCGACACCACCAAUAGAGGAGGAGGCUUCCGAGGAGCCCCACCGAGCAGUCGAAGAGAUUGGUACUCGACACCCGUGUAUGAUCAACCCACCUUCACCGAGAUUGCAUCCUACUUUGGCCUGUGCGUCUGGCUCGUGCCAUUUGCGCUGUUCGUCAGUCUGAGCGCGGGUGAGAACGUCCUGCCGAGUAUGGGUUCCGAGUACGCCACGGGUGACAGACAAGGUGGGGGGUUCCAGAAAGGCCACAAGCGGAAGAAUACUGGCAUGGCGAAAGCUGCGGUCCAUGCCACCAGAGAGUGGGUCACCGACACCGGGGCCGUCAUGGGACUGUGGAACUCGGACAAUGUCCGGCCCUCUCGAGGGUUCGGCAAGGGUCAUACGAGGAUAAAUUCUGUGAACAUAUGA